AAGCAAUCAUCGCCAGAAUUGCUCCCGGCCACAGCCAUCAUGCCAGCGGAUAUUCGCAGCUUCUUCGGCGGCGCUCCGAAGGCGCCUGCACAGAAGAAAGAAGAGAAACCAGCACCAAAGAAAACGUCGCGCGCCAGUCGCGUAGUUGACGACUCCGAUGACGACGAGGACACAAAGCCUAAAAAGGUGACGCCCAAGAAACCCGCUCCCAAGAAAGCAAAGAAAGAGCCCACACCCGAGCUAGAAGAAACCACCACAUCCGAUUUCUUUGCCAGCAGGAACAAACCCAAGCGAACAGAGCCCGUCAAGAAAGCACCCGUUCCAGCUCCGAAGACUACGCCCAAGAAAACACCGGCCAAAGCAGCGGGCAAGGUUUCCAAAGCUUCCACACCCGCCUCAAAAGGGAGGACAUCUACCAGAGCGAAGAAGCCAGUCACCUCAUAUGCCGCACAUGAUGAUGACGACGAGUUUCCAGACGACGAUCUUGAUGUGGCCGAUGACAUAUUCGAGGAGGACUACAAAAAGGGAGGAAAGAACGAUGACUAUGUCGAAGCCGCAUCUAGCGAUGACGAUAUGCCCGUCGAACUUCCCCACCGUGGCACACCGAGACAGCCGGCGAAAAAGCAAAAACCACUCAAGGACGAAGAUGACUUUGACCCAGAGGAUGAAGAUGUCGACAUGAAAGACGUGGACGCUGAAGACGAUCUUGUCGAGCCAGAAGAGGAAGAACAAGCGGUCAAAAGCAAGCCCAAGAAGUCCUCGGCUGUCGGCAGGAAACGGAAAACGCCCGAAGUAGACGACGAGGAAGAUGAAGACGAGGAUGAGAAGCCCAAGAAAGGCCGCGCAAAGAAGAAUACUCCGGCCAAGCAACCCGCCAAAAAGAAGGCAAAGAAAGAAGAAGAACCCAAGGAAGAUAAGAACAUCCAGGCUAUUUACGACAGCAUUCCUCAAGUGCGAGCGCCUACACCUCCGCCAAAGGACCCAAACGCGAAAUUUGACUGGAGAACGAAAGCAGGAGGUGGCAAUGCAGCGGCGGCUCCUGUCGGAGGGGGCUCGGAGGAGAUGCCUUCUGGAAGCGAGACUUGUCUAGCUGGCUUGACGUUCGUUUUCACCGGCGUGCUUUCAAAAUGGGGUCGGCCAGAGGCCCAAGAGCUGAUCAAGCGUCACGGUGGCAAAGUCACAGGUGCGCCGAGUAAGAAGACCGACUACGUUGUUCUCGGAUCGGAUGCUGGGCCGAGCAAACUGGGGAAGAUCAAAGCUAUGAACAUCAAGACGAUCGAUGAGGAUGGUGUCUGUGCACUCAUUGAGAAACUGACAGCCGCUGGAAACAUGGGCAAUUCAAAGGCCCAAGCUGCGCACAAGCAGAAGCUGGAGAAAGAGGAAGAGAAGGUCAAAGAGCAGGCGGCGCUGAUGGAAAAGGAAGAAAAGGAAAGAUUGAAAGCGUUGAAGGCCGCACAAGCCGCCAAAGCCCCCAACUCUUCUGCUACUGCCCCCUCUGCUUCCGAUGACACAUUGUCAGAACCAAGCGUGGAUUCUCGAUUGUGGACUACCAAGUACGCACCGACAUCCCUGAGUCAGAUUUGCGGCAACAAAGCCACAGUAGACAAACUUCAACGCUGGUUGCAAAAGUUCCCAAAGAGUCUAAAGACAAACUUCAAGCUGGCCGGUCCGGAUGGCAGUGGUAGUUUCCGCGCUGUUAUCAUUCAUGGACCCCCUGGUAUAGGUAAAACUACGGCAGCACAUCUCGUAGCUAAGCUCGAAGGCUACGAUAUCGUCGAGCGAAAUGCCAGCGACACCCGAAGCAAGAAGUUAAUCGAGGAAGGACUACGCGGCGUUCUCAGUACGAAUUCCCUUCACGGAUACUUCGCUGGAGAUGGCCAGUCUGUGGAGUCGAAAAAGAAGAAGAUGGUUCUUAUCAUGGAUGAAGUUGACGGUAUGUCCGCUGGUGAUCGUGGUGGAGUAGGUGCUCUCGCUGCGGUCUGCAAGAAAACAGAGAUUCCCAUGAUCUUGAUCUGCAACGACAGGCGACUGCCGAAGAUGAAACCUUUCGACUAUGUCACCUAUGAUCUGCCAUUCCGAAGACCCACCACCGAUCAGAUUCGUUCCCGCAUGAUGACUAUCGCAUACCGAGAACAGCUGAAGCUUCCUGUACCUGUCAUGAACGCGCUGAUCGAGGGUACACACGCGGAUAUCCGACAGGUAGUGAACAUGAUUUCUACCGCCAAGCUGGAUCAAACAGCCAUGGAUUUUGACAAAGGCAAAGAGAUGUCCAAAUCCUGGCAGAAGCAUGUCAUUCUCAAGCCGUGGGAUAUUACGCAGAAGAUCCUCGGAGGUGGCAUGUUUGCAGCAAGUAGCAAAGCUACGCUCAACGACAAGAUUGAAUUGUAUUUCAAUGACCACGAGUUCAGUCCGCUUAUGAUCCAGGAAAACUACCUGGGCACGAACCCCAUACUGUCACUGCAGUCCAGUGGCCCAGAGAGGAAGUUAAAGAUGUUGGAGUUGGCAUCCAACGCUGCAGACAGUAUAAGCGACGGUGAUUUGGUUGACCGAAUGAUUCACGGUUCUCAGCAACACUGGAGCCUGAUGCCGACGCAUGCUGUAUUCAGUUUCGUCAGGCCAGCCAGUUUCGUCGCUGGGAGCACAGCGGGACAUCAGACUCGUUUUACGACAUGGCUCGGCAAGAACAGCAACCAGCAAAAGCUUACUCGUAUGGUUAAGGAGAUCCAAGCUCAUAUGCGGUUGCGAUCGUCAGGCGACAGACACGAGGUUCGCCAGCAAUACAUUCCCAUCUUCUGGCAGCAACUCGUCAAGAAGCUGGAGCAGGAAGGGAAAGACUCUGUACCAGAUCUGAUCGAACUCAUGGAUAGCUAUUUCCUGACCAAGGAGGAUUUCGAUGCCAUCAUGGAACUUGGUGUAGGUCCGAUGCAGCAGGAGAAAAUCAAAAUCGAGACGGCGGCGAAGUCGGCAUUCACUAGAAUCUACAAUCAACAAGCCCAUCCUCUCCCCUUCAUGAAAGCAUCCAGCGUGGUGGCACCCAAAAAAGCCGCGAAGGAGAAACCAGAUCUCGAAGAAGCCAUCGAAGAGUCGGACGAAGAGGAGGUAAUCAACGAAGUGAAGGACGAAGAAGAGGACGUCGACUUAUCGAAAGACAAAUACGUCAAGCAGCCGAAGAAAAAAGCAGCGCCGAAGAAGGGGGCUGCAGCCGCCGGCUCUAAAGCGAAGGGCAAAGGAGGACGGAAGAAGGCAGCCAACGACGAUGAUGACGAGGAAAGUGAGGAGGAGGUUAAACCCAAAGCAAAAGGGAAGGCGAAGGCGAAGAAAUGA